UUCCCAUUCCAUGGCCGAUUCAACUUCAAGCGAUUCUCUCUCUUUCGACAUCGAUUCCUUCUCUCCUUCUCCAAAGGAGCAUAUAAUCAGAACACGUUAUGGUUCUGUAUCCGUUGCUGUAUAUGGAGACCAGGAUAAGCCAGCUCUUAUCACUUAUCCUGAUUUGGCUCUAAAUUAUGUCUCCUGCUUUCAGGGGUUAUUGUUUUGUCCUGAGGCAUAUUACCUUCUGCUCCACAAUUUCUGCGUUUAUCAUAUUAGUCCGCCUGGGCAUGAGUUGGGAGCUGCUGCAAUUGAUUCAGAUUACCCAAUUCUUUCUGCAGAUGACUUGGCUGAUCAAAUAGCCGAGGUUCUCAACUUUUUUGGUCUUGGUGCUGUAAUGUGUAUGGGUGUAACAGCUGGGGCUUACAUUCUUACCUUAUUUGCUAUGAAGUAUAGACAACGAGUUCUUGGUUUGAUACUUGUUUCUCCUCUAUGUAAAGAACCAUCUUGGACUGAAUGGUUGUACAGCAAGGUCAUCUCAAAUUUAUUAUACUUUUACGGCAUGUGUGGGAUGGUAAAGGAAAUUUUGUUGAAGCGAUACUUUAGCAAGGAAAUUCGAGGUGGUACUCAAUUAAUGGAGUCAGAUAUAGUUAAAGCAUGCCGAAGGUCAUUGGAUGAGAGGCAGAGUUUGAACGUGUGGCGGUUCCUUGAAGCUAUUAAUGGGAGACCUGACAUAAGUGAAGGAUUGAGAAAAUUACAUUGCCGUUCACUAAUUUUUGUCGGGGAUAUGUCUCCAUUUCAUUCGGAGGCUCUGCAUAUGACUUCAAAAUUAGACAGGCGUUUAAGUGCCUUAGUUGAGGUACAAGCAUGUGGUUCAAUGGUGACAGAGGAGCAGCCUCAUGCGAUGUUAAUACCAAUCGAGUACUUUCUUAUGGGAUAUGGCUUGUAUAGGCCAUCCAAGCCGAGUGUCAGCCCAAGAAGCCCCUUGAGUCCAUCAUGCAUUUCUCCCGAGCUUUAUUCACCAGAGAGUAUGGGUUUGAAAUUGAAACCAAUAAAGACACGGAUUUCUUUGGAAAUCUAGAAUUGGAUGAAUAAAGGUUGGCAAAUUGCUGACCCUU